AUGUCUGCGCGAACCAAUGGAUAUUUCACCAUGGUGAUCAAUUCUAUCCAAUCGGAUAUUGACUCUAGUGGUAAAGCGAGCAUCGCUCAUUCUAUGCCGGUAGUUCAACCAACAGAAGGAAAGUUUGUAAUCUUAUGCUCUAAUCGGAAUAUUCCACCGCCUCAGGACUCUCAUAAUCAUUAUCAGUUGUUAUUAUGGUCUGGAUUGAAACCAUUCAAGAUAUAUCAAACGCUAUACGAAGCUGGAGAUAACUUCUCCGUAGCUUUCAUAUCAGAAAAUUCCAUUGCGAGAUUACGACUUUAUCCCUUGACAUGGGCUGGAAUUAAAGCAGCGAUUAAGAGCUGUUUGCCACUGGCCGAAAAGCGCUUGCAACCAUGGCUUGACACUAUUGAAAGAGAAUUGAGCAAUGAUCCAGGUCGAUACCUUUAUAAUAGUGACGAUUCUGAGAUGCACUAUGAUACAUUCAUGAACUUAAGGGAGCCAGUUACUAAAAAUCAAGCCUUGUAUUUCCUAACUAGCGAAAUGCAUGUUCACCAGUUGUAUUAUGAUACUUUACGAAAUCUACAUCCAGAUAAUUUACCAGAAAGAUAUUUAUGCUCAGCUAAAGAUUUUACAAUGGCUGAUUGUGUUGAAUUACUACCGUCGCAAAUAAGCAUACCUGAAGAGACUAUCAAGACUUAUAGUAAUCUUCCUGGUAUAGUCAAUGGUUUCCUAAGUAAAGCAAAUGGUCGAGUCUUUGGAAGAAUCUGCUCGACACCAACUAGGCAAGAAAGACCCAAGAAUCUAUCCUAUGUGCCUAGAAGAAAGACGGCUUUUGUUUUUGGACCUGAAACUGUGCAAACCCUUUUAUUGCAAAAGAAACCGUAUGAAAUCUUACUCGAGCUUGGGAUGUUACCUGAAGGAAUUCACGAAAAGUGCUGCAUUCGCAAACAUGUUUAUUGGUUGAUAUUAUUAUGUCCAGGCCAAUGUGGGUCUAAAUUAGAUUUUUACGAAGCAACCUGGCAAGGUGUUGUUGAAGCCAUGAAGGUCAUUUAUCCGCAAGCUUAUGAUGAUCUUUUAAUCCAUUUGGAUGAGAUAAAAGCAACAAAUAUCGAGACUUUCGAAAAGCAAGCACAAUUCAGAUUUAUUGAAGUGCUGCCUUUCAGAGAUAGCUUAAACUACAUGUCUUAUCAACGAUUUUGUAAUCUCCCUCAUCCGCGUAAAGCAUGGCAAGUCAGACUAUUUUUAUAUUGUGAACUUCGAUUACUGGAACUCUUUGCAGGUGAUGGCCAUACAAAGCUUGAAGAUGGUCGAAUUGGUGAAAAGGAGUAUCUAUGUCGAAAUUAUAACCUUUUCGAUUUAAGUAGGAAUCAGUAUGUUAUACUGCCACUUUCUAUUGACAUUCCUGACGCAGUUAUAAAACAAUUUGGUCAAUCUGAAUGA